AGUUUGGCGGAGGUGCGUGUACCUCUGAGGAGACAGCGACAGCUAGGCCGCGCAGCCACGAUGAGUCUGCAGUGGACCUCCGUGGCCACCUUCCUGUACGCCGAGGUCUUCGUCGUGCUGCUGCUCUGCAUCCCCUGCAUCCCCCCGAAAAGGUGGCAGAAGAUCUUCAAGUCACGCCUGGUGGAGUUGGUAGUGACGUACGGCAACACCUUCUUUGUGUUUCUCAUUGUCAUUCUCGUACUUCUGUUUGUGGAUGCUGGCCGGGAGAUCUGGAAGUAUGACGACGUAACGGAGAAGGUGAGCCUCCAGAACAACCCUGGCGCCAAGGAGCGUUUCCACAUGAAGCUGUUCCGUGCUCAGAGGAACCUCUCCAUCGCUGGCUUCGCCUUGCUGCUGUGCUUCCUGCUUCGACGCCUGGUGACUCUCAUCUCCCAGCAGGCCACCCUGCUGGCCUCCAAUGAAGCCAUUAAAAAGCAGGCAGAGAGCGCCAGUGAAGCGGCCAAGAAGUACAUGGAGGAGAACGAGCAGCUGAAAAAGGAAGCUGGUGUUGAGCGAGGCAAGUUGCGCCUUAGGGAAGCUGAGGUGAAGGUGGAGGAAGAGAAUAAGAGUCUGAAGGCUGAGCUGAAGAAGCUGAGGGAGGAGCUGGCCAACAGCAAGCAAAAGCUGGAGAAGGCGGAGAAUGAGGCCUUGGCCAUGCGGAAGCAGUCAGAGGGCCUGACCAAGGAGUAUGACCGCCUGCUGGAGGAACAUGCCAGACUGCAGAUGGCGGUUGAUGGGCCCAGCGACAAGAAGGAGUGA